UCUCGUUUGGCAGCAUCAGGAUAAUGACGUGUGCGCCGACAGCUACUCCUGGUGGAGGCUCCACCGGGGGCCCGGACAGCAGGAGUCGGGAGUGGCGCCAGAGCCAUUUUUCGCCCAAGCCCUUGCGGGACCCCCCAGAAAAUUUCAGAUGCGCAGAUUUGUGCUCCGGGAUUCCCUUCGAGAUCGGGGCAUGGGCGGCGCCACGUGCGGGCUGGGCCUGCUGCGCGCGGAGCAGGAGGCAGACUUCGAUUUCGUGGUGGCGCCGGCUCCAGCCCUUGCCCGAGGCCGCGUCGCCAGGAGAGCGUUGGGGCCAUCGGCCCGCGCUGCCGAGGGUGUGCCCCGCAGCCGCGCCCCGGGCGGCGGGCCGCGCAGCACUGCCGGCCGCGCGCGGAAGCCGCCCGGGCGGCACGGCGACUCGCGGCAGCAGGAUGUACAGGUCAUCUUCGACGCUCUGGCCAGACACGCGCUCGACCCGGCGGCGUGCGGCGGCUCGGUCCCGCGCUCCCUCGGCGUCGCGGUAGAUCGGCGUCACCCGCAGGGCGUCCGCGUGUUCCGGGCGGAGGGCAUGCCCAGCAUCCCUGAGGAUCAGCCCCUGGCCUGGUGUGCGCGAGAGAGCAUCCGCUCCGUGGGGGACUGCUGGGUAGAGUCCGCCAGCAUCGUGCACCUGUUCGAGGGAGGAGAGGGCGCACCCCUGCUGGCGCCGGCCAAGGCGUCCGCCGUCGGCCCGGGCCGUCCGCGGCAGUGGCGGAGGCUCAGCUGUCCCCCGCUGCUGCUCCACGCGAAGGAGGCGCUGCUCGGGCGACGGGCCGCGGACAUCAAGAAAGGGCGUGUCGUGAGGCGUGUCGUUCCCGUCGCUCUCGUCGCGGACACGGACACGGAUGGCGCGCCGAAGUCUGCCAGGCAUGCCCCGCGGUCCUCGGGUUAACAGGCCAAGCUCUGCUCGGUUGGCUGCAUGCCACCCGGCGGAAGUCCCAGGAAGGAGGAUCUAGAGGAACAGUUCUUGAUUAGGUCCCGCAUUUGCCUACGUUUUCAGCCGCGCAGGCUACAGUCCAAAGUAAUGUCAGAAGACAAGUUGGCGUGCGAGAGACGAAAUGCAAGCAGUUGUUCUUUCCCCAGGUAGGUAACAUUGUUGCUCACUUGCCAAGACAAACAGGACACCGCCGCCACUUCAAAGCUUUGUCGGAAGACAACAUGGUUGCAUGGUUGGCGACGGCAUGCCGCUGGUUCAAGUGAAUUCGACGCUUGAAAUUACACUGCUACUUCGCAGCGUAGCGGUCUUAUCUGCGCCCAGCGGGCCUGAAGAUGGCGCUUCUUCGAUUGGGAAGGGCCGUCCUGGCCUAUGGAGGGCGCAACAAAAAGGCCCGAGGGCAGGUGGGAGGGUAGAUGGGCAGGCCACCGUUUAAACAGCGCCCUUUCUAAUGCACAUGACAUCCCAGCUUCGUUUUAGCUAGCGUAGAGAGAUCCCUGCCUGUCCGCAGACGACUACUCUCCCUCCUCCCCUCCUCCUCCUCCCCCUCCUCCCUCCUCCUCUCCC